UAUUAAUUUAAAGGAUCGAUGCCGAAGCACCCUUCUAAUGCAGAGUACUUUCCUGCUGAGUCUAUUUCAAAGUCUUUGACACCUAAAGAACUUCAUUACAGCACGGACGUGCUUGCGUGCAAUGAACAUCCGCCUAAACGCACGAGAAAUAUUUGCACAAAAAAAUCGACUCACGAUGCCACUUUGCUUCACACUGGCGCAAAAAAAGUUAAAAAACGACGCAACAGUGAUACGUCCAGUGAAGAAGAUAGGUGGCUUACUGCAAUAGAAACUGGGAAAUUGGACGUUGUUGACGAGGAACUAAAAAAGAUAAAAGAUCCCAAACUUAUGACAGCUCGUCAACGUGCUAUUUAUGAAAGGACACAGGACUCGGAGAUAAAUGGCUUUUUAGAAGAGCUAAUUGCUCUUCCAAGUGGUUAUAAAGAAAAGGAAAAGCCGCAGACUGCAGAGGAAAUUCAUAAGGCUCUUCUAAAAUCUCAAAAACGAAAGCAACAAGCUGACGAACGGCGAGAGAAAGAUAAACUAAAGACAAUGGAGCGCUUGUUAAAAAAACAGGCACCCAACAGGGACCGCACUUCAAUUCGUAAUAAGUCUUCUCAUCAUCAGCCUUCUCAUCCAAAAAUAACCUAUAUAAGCGCUAUAAAUGGCAACUACGUAAUAGUUCCCACAGGUUACGAAUUUCCUUUAAAGGCACAAAUUCCUCGUACACCGCCCCUUUCACAGGUGUGCUAUGUAAGCGGAUGUCAAAACCGAAAGACAUAUAAUUGUUCAACCACAAAAGUUCCAUUAUGCAGUCUUACAUGCUAUCGUAAGAACCUUUUACACAAUAUCAACCAAAUAAGAAAAACGUCUUUGUAAUCGGAUUUCAUUUUAAUAUUGAUUGACAAAA